CUAGAAAUAACUAUCCGGCCCACCUAUAUCAGUUGAAAAUUAUUUCCCUUGGCUCCCGAUCGGAGGUGAAAGGGAGAGUGAUGGGGGAUCAUCAUCAUCAUCAGGUGAGAGCUGAGGAGUUCGAGAAGAAAGCAGAGAAGAAGCUCAGCGGAUGGGGAAUCUUCGGAUCCAAGUACGAGGAUGCUGCUGAUCUUCUCGAGAAAGCUGCUAAUUCCUUUAAGCUCGCCAAAUCAUUGUCUACUUUUAAUGUAUGGAUUGUUUCAGGGGAUCAAGCUGGAAAGGCUUAUCUUAAACUUGCUGAUUGUCACUUAAAGUCUGACAGCAAACAUGAUGCUGCUAACGCGUACGCGGAAGCUGCUAAGUGCUACAAAAAAGUUGACACUAAUGAGGCUGCAUCUUGUCUAGAGCGAGCAGUGAAUAUAUUCUGCGAGAUAGGAAGGCUCAACAUGGCUGCCAGAUACUACAAGGAAAUUGCUGAGUAUUAUGAAGCUGACCAGAAGAUCGACCAGGCUAUUUCUUACUUUGAAAAGGCAGCUGAGUUCUUUCAAAACGAAGAAGUGACCACUUCUGCUAACCAGUGUAAUCUCAAGGUGGCACAAUACGCUGCGCAGUUGGAGCAGUAUGAGAAGGCAAUCAAGAUUUAUGAAGAAAUAGCAUGCCAAUCACUCAACAAUAACUUGCUUAAGUAUGGAGUUAAGGGUCAUCUUCUCAAUGCUGGCAUGUGCCACCUUUGCAAAGCUGAUGUUGUUUCCAUCACCAAUGCGCUGGAGAAAUAUCAGGAUCUGGAUCCAACUUUUACAGGAACAAGAGAAUGCAAAUUCUUAUCGGACCUUGCUGCUGCUAUGGAUGAAGAAGACAUCGCAAAGUUCACAGACGUUGUCAAGGAGUUUGAUAGCAUGACUCCUCUGGACUCAUGGAAGACAACUAUGUUGUUGAGGGUGAAGGAGAAGCUGAAGGCAAAGGAGCUUGAGGAAGAUGAUCUUACCUAAACAUAACUCUCUAUCUAAACCGGAGCUUCCCUUAUUAAUUGUUGCUGGUGCGUAUCAUCACUAGUGUUAGUGUUACUUCAUGUUUAGUUUCAUUGUGUUUGGUUAUGAGUUUCUAUGGGUUUCUUAUGAGGUUUGGUCAAAAUUGGUUUUGAUGUCAAAAGACUACAUUUGCUCUCUCUCUGUGUCUCUCAAUACUUCAUCUGUGAGAUACUUCUCAAAUCUUUGGAGAUUUGCUUCA